GAGUCGUUGAAUUAAAGCACAACUAUUCGUUGCUUUUGCCCCCUCUCUUCUCGCUCUUCUCUCGUCUCUCUCAGACACACGCACGUAGAGAAAACUUUGUUUGCAGCGAAAUGUUCCGCCGUCUUGCCGCCUGCGUGCCGGCCCUCGCAGCCGCCCGCUUCUACACCCCGUCGGAGGAGCUCAAGAAGCUCUACGCUAGCGACUUCGAGCGUGCGCAGUACCCGGUGAACAUCGUGCCGAGCGACUCCGUCACCUUCGCGAAGUUCCUCUACAAAGCUGCGGAGCCGAAGAACCAGCUCGACGUCGUGCUGAAGGACUUCCAGACCAUCGUGGCGGCCAUCCCGAAGCUGCCCGUGUUCUGGGAGCGCACGGUGGUCGUGAGCGAGGUGAAGGACUUCCAGUCUCUCUCCGCCCCGAUGGUGUUCACGCUGGAGUGGAUGCAGAGCAACGGUAUGCUGGAGCUGCUGCCCGACGUCGCGGACGUGUACGAGACGUACGCGAACGCCAAGAUGAAGCGCGUGGCGGCGAAGGUUUACGUGGCUCCGGGUAGGGAGGGCGACCGCGCCCUGCAGGAGCAAGCGAAGAAGGUCGCGGAAAAGGUGGUGAAGGACAACAGGGAGCUUGCGGGCUACUCGCUGGUGCUGAAGGUCAUCGUCGACCGCUCCAUCGUUGACGGCUUCGCCGUGGAUGUGCAGGGCACCUACGUGAACGAGGCGGUCGGCCGCGAGAAGGAGUCGCAGUCGUCCGGGGAUGCGGACUACACGACGAUCCCGGCACCCCGUCUGUCCAAGACCACCUGGGAGGACAACAUCGAGACGGAGGUGCUUCACAAGUACCUGGAAAGCCUCGCGCAGUACGACGCCGAGGAGCUAAAGACGGGCGUCUAA